GCGAAUAGAAGACCCACUUUCAACAACAACUUGUACACAACAAAUCAAAAAGUUUCUGUUCAUCGCCAAACAUGUACAGCUCGGCGAAAAAGGAGAACGAGAUCCAAGAACAACAGAGGGUUGUUCAACAGCUUCAAAGAGAAUCCAAAUGCGAAAGAAUCAAGGUCUCCAGAUGCGCGACAGAUUUGAUGCAAUACUGCACUGAAAACCAAACACARGAUCCUCUCAUUAUCAAAAUACCAGCCAACGACAACCCAUUUAGAGAAAGACGUUCAACUUGCGCCAUUCUAUAAGCCUCAAUUUCAAACAUGUACAGAAAGAACUCUAUUUUCAUAUAUUAAGUGAUGCACUUCAACAAACGCAUGCCGAGACAAAGCCAAUGCAUGUUACACCUAAUUGAAAGUUAAUUUCAAGUUAUGUUGCAGUUUUGCUGAGAACUUUAUUUAGUCCUUUGACAUUGUAUUGUUCAAUUUGCAAGCCAUAUUUAGGCAUUUUAGAUAGAGGAAACUCUUGUAGCAAAGCCUUCUCAAGCUUUUUGCCAGUCCAGAUGGCAWUGUAGUUGUUCCUGUUGCUGUUGUAUGCGACCUUGCAAGUUUUCAUUAAUCUGCAAUUCAGCAAUAACAUGUUGUGACAGAUGGAUUAGUAGUCAUGAAAAUUCUGAUGCCUCAAUUCUGAUGUCUCAAUAACUACCUGAGAAACUCACCUUUUGGAGCUGGUGUAAUCUUCCAAAACUGUGGCUACCAAUUCCAAGUAACAUCUAGUCCAUGUACUUACACAGUGUUUAUUUACACAAGAAUUACGUAUCUUUAAACGGCUUGAGUGUUGGCUAAGACAAUUGUCAUUUGGAAAGUGACUUCCUGCUUCUUAUCUGUCUUCCAUUAAGUCUUGAACAGCUGAUAGAAUUGCCAUAAUUUGUUUAAUCUUUGCUUCAGUUCAAGGUCGAUAGCAUAUUGUAGCUUCAUUGUUGAAUACAGCAAUAAACGCCCAAUAGCAAAUAAGAAAAAAAAAAAUCAUGCUUAAUUUAAUACAUAUAUAGACCUUUUUUGAAAUACAGUGGUGUUGUGGUCUAGAUUCAGUACAAUGACAUAUUUGGCAGCACAAACAAAAGAUGUUUGUACCAAAUCUACACCACAAUGCAAUGCAAACUGCUGUCUUAGAAAAUACCUAUGACUAUGUCUUUUUUUCACCACCGCCUUUGUAAAAAAUGCUUUUGGACUGAAAUAAGAAAGAUUUAAUUUUAAAUCACCUAAAAAUCUUGAACUAAAGCUUCAGGAAUAAUUUUAAAAAAUUAGCCGAUGCAAGCGAUCAUAAGGUCUUACUGCCGAUGAAAAUGGCAAAUAAAAAAACAGCGCUGUAUAACAAUUAAYACUACUUUGUAUCAAAUCUCUAUUCUUGGGCACAUAUAAAGACUUUUUUGAAAGCAUGUUUAAAAAAAACUUAUUUAGGUAAAAAGGUGUAAUGUUUUUAAUUAGUAAAAGUUAGUUGUAAAUUGAAUUGAAAAUAAAUAAAAAAACUUAACAUUCAAAACAAGUGUACUUUAAAAUAGAGUGGAAAAUACAUAAAAUAGUGAACAAAAUUCUCAAUUAUAACAAAGUUUAGUUCAGAAAAAAUUGUUUUAUUCAAUGCAGUGCAUGGUGAAUACAUAGAAUUGCAUCAAASAACAAAAUUCAGACAACUAUUUUAGGUGGGGAUGUGGGAUUCUCUGUAUUAAAGUUUAUUAUUGUUUAGUUUAGAGU